CAACAGUCACGAAAGGCGGACGGAUUGCGAGCGCAUAGAACGCAGAAUUUGAAAUCCAUCGGUGCGGUGCGGUUUAUAUCUUUUGGAUGCGUGCCCGAACGUCGCGUGGAUUAAUUGGAUUUCGGGUUCGGCAAUUAACAGUGCCAUUGCUUGUUAUGCAAAUCAGUGAUAUCGAAGCGGUCAGUCACGUAUAAUAUUUCCAACGAAAAUCGCUAAAGCUAAACAGAUGUAAAGUAAAAACUAUUAUUAGAAAUUUUGUGGAUAAGUACCAAAAAAAUGUGUUGAAAAUAUGUUUCGAAUGUGAUAAAAAUUAUAAAAAAGCCGGAGCAUUUUUUUAAAAGGAAUUUCCCCAACCAAAAACUAGCAUGCCAAAAUGGAGCUGAUUAAAAAAUACAAACAAGGAAAGCUAACCACCAGCGAUAUUCGCUAUCUAAACCAUAUGGUAAUAUGUCUCAUGGUCCUGAUAGCAGUAUUCUCCAUUCUGUGGAACAUAUCGCUGAACAUGAUAUCGGGGGAUCUGUACGAGGGAAUAGUCAGUGCCAAACUAAUCUUCCGGGAGCGCAGCCUUGAUAAGAUGGAUGAGCCGAGCAAGCAGAUCCUGCAUCGGGAUUUCAUCAAGGCCACCCAGUAUGCCUAUGGAAGGCAUUAUUCCGUGCAGGAUGUCACGCCCGAAUCGCUGAAGAGCGAGAGCCAAAUCUAUAAGUUACCGCAUAUCUAUGAAUCGAUCGAGAAUCGACCGAAACUGGAGCGUCUGAUUGCUGAAAAGAAAGUGGAGGCUUUAUCAAGCACGACGACUCCUCCGCCGAAAAUUACUUUCAACGCUGAGGCAGAUCGUCACUUCUUGAGCACAAUGUCCAUCGAUGCUACGGCCACUUUUUGGGAGCGAGGCCCGGGAGCUCAGUUUGUCUAUGUGUUUCCCCUCAUUUCAGAGAUCGUGGCCAUUAUCUGGACAGCCAUGUGCUUGAUCUAUCAGACAGGCAGCAAAAAGAGCUCAGUUCUGCCGAAGCCAUGGCGCAUUGUGGUGCCCUCCAUCGUAAUAUUCUCGGUGAUGAGCUUGGGCAGCGUAAUCUACACGAUCCUGACCAAUGGCCAUCUGAGGCGCCUUUGUGGCCAACUGCGGGAGAAUCUCACAGAUCCCACUGCCAUCACUUGCGGGGAUGCCAUCGCCCUGCUGCGUCCCAUCAUCCACGACCACAACGUAUCCCACGAUACAUAUCUGGAGCUCUUCCGCUGCAGCUACGUGAUCGGCAUGGUGCUGUGGAUUGUGGCUCUGCUGGUCAUGGUGCUGCGAUAUGUGUUCGCCGUGGACUUCCAGCUGGUGGACAUUGAUGAUAUGUUCGAUAGCGGACGAAACGGUGCUCCCCAAGUGCAGAUACAACCGGUGUACACUGAGGUAGUGCAGCAGAGCAGUCCGCAGCACCAGUCGCAGGUGCGUCCGAGAUCGGAGGAUGACUAUCACAGUGCCAGGUCGCGUUUGAGUGAUCUUGCAGUGCCACUUCUGGAGGUGCCGAGCCAGUCCCAGAUUCCGCCAACCAACUUGGCCUAAUCCUGCGGCUGGCCAGCAGAUCAGCAAUCUCAGGUUUAUUUUUAUACGUUGUGUUAGUGUUUAGUAUUUAAUGACUAAGGAAUAUUUUAUCAACUAACCCAAUAUAGGCUAAGUUUUAAGGGUCCCUCUCAUCGAGAGUCCUUGAUCGAUCGAUAUAUAAUUGAUAUUUUUCACUUUCCUAGCGUAGUGAACUCGUGCCUCGAUAUCAAAUAUCAAAAAUGUGGUUUAAUCGAGGCUUUAGGAAAUACUUGAAU